AUGUCCAGCUCACAAAACAAUACCAACAACGUCGCAUUGAACACUUCUAGCCCGCAGCAUCAACUUAACGACCCUUCCCAGUCACUACGUUCCGGAUCGCGUGCCACUGUACAGACUCAGGUCUCCUUGCCCGCGAAUAUCGAACGUGUGUUCUCCUCUGCGAUUCAUAGCAAGAAUACCUCUGCGCAGUCGGAUGAUGCAUACCCCACUCGUGCUACCUUAGGCACCGAGCGCCAACUCGGCGUUCAACCUACGCCAGAAGAUGGAAUCGCAAUUGAUGGGCAGCCCAACCCGCCCGAGGGCCAUGCUGGGUUCGGUGACGGAAAAACGCAAAAGGCAAGUCUUGUGCUAUAG